AUGGUGCAACUUGAAAAUGGUACAAAUUUUUCCAUCAAUGACAAUGUUGAUGUGUUGAUAGUGAUAUUGCAAAGGCUAGAUGGUGGUUCCUUAGGUGUAGCUGCAUGUGUUUGUAAGUUAUGGUGUUCCAUCACUAGAAAUGAUUCCCUUUGGGAGCACCUUUGUUUUCGCCAUGUGUCUCCUCCCCCUGAGGGUGUGAGGAGGGUGGUUUUGGCUCUUGGAGGGUACCGAAGACUUUAUAUGGUGUGUGUUAAGCCGGUCUUGGACCGGCUUAGAAAGUGGAAGAAAGGAACGGGGUUUGAUGAAUCAGAGGUAAUGAGAAGAGUUUGGAUGCAACAUGAAGUGGAACUUUCGUUAUCGUUGUUUUGUGUGGAUUAUUAUGAAAGAGUGUUUUUGGGUGGCGGAGGUGGUGCAGCAUCAUCAUCGCUUAUGUUCCUGUGCAAUGCCGUAAAUAUUUAGGAAAAGAAGGAUGUUGAGUUAAAAAUACUUUAUCUUUGCUCUUAUUUUUUUAUUUAUGGUAAUUCGAGAUUUUUACCAUUUAUUGUGUACUACUUAUUAAUAAAUACAAAACUAUUUAAUUA